AUGUCUCGACUCGCGUACAUUUUCUAUGUCUACAUCAAGGCAAACACGCAUCAGACACCUCCGAAACUGCUAAAAGCAAUUGAGGAAAUUCAAAACGUUCGCCGAAAUCUGCCAUUACACCUGUCUCAGCACUUCCCUGCGAAUGACGACGACAGAGAGUGGGAACAGCAGCACGAAUGGGUAACAUUUCAACGCUACCUCUUGACGAUUGUCCUAGACUUUCUAGAACUGGGUAUUGCUCGUGUACUAGUUUCUAGAGACACUGAGGAUGACCCCGAACGGCCCCGAAAGCUCGCGGUCGCCUGCGCCAAUCGAAUACUGCACAACUACAGCCUUCCGGUGCCUAGACCAUAUAGUCAGGACCCACCAGCAGUACCUCGAACGCCGUGUACUGUGCACGAUCUUAUCAAAGAACUCAGCUCUUCAAAUCAGGAUGUAAGCUUAGAGAACCUCCAGUCGUCGUUUCCGGAUCCUGUGGCUGCUUAUAUGAGCCUCCUUGAGAACGAAAGUAACUUUGGGCAAUAUCAAGCUUCAUUUGGGGACAUGUUGGAUGGUGAAAUGAAUGAAUGGGAUACAUUUAUGCUUGGAGUCUAA